AUGUCCCUGAAAGAUCUCGCUGUGUCUUUCUUCUCUCUUCCCCACCCACGAACUGACAACGACGGUAUCGAGAAUCACUAUCAUUUCUCCAUUUUCCCAGCCGCCUACUCAGAGCCUGAUGACGAUAUCAUUCAAGUCGUCAAGGUCGCCAACCAGUUCACACACAUUGGUGGUCCUAUGAAACUGAGAGUGCUACCACUCCAAAAACGAGUCGAUACUGUGCUGCGCUUUCUUUUCACUUCCUUCACUAAUGGACUCCCUACUAGCUUGAACAACGAGAUUCAGCAUGUACUCAAGCAAUUGAACAAGUAUGCAAAAUUUUGUGCCUAUCUUCAGACUACCAUUCCUAAUGGCAUCGGUAAUGGAGACUACGGUAGCCCCACGCCACGACCACCUCGUCGUUUGAUCUUUGCAGAAGGAAAAAACAUCGCCCCAUGCUCGUGGAGUACGGACGAUGCGAUCUUUGCGCAGGCCAUGUCAGCGCGUCUUCGAGAGCUUGCUGGGCCAAUUUAUAUUCACCAUACUCUGGUUGAUAUCCAAAUUGCAAACGAGCGUGAUAAUCGUGCUGCGUUGACUACGUACAUUGCUUUUCAACAUUCACUCAUCCGUGGGAUCAAAAAACAGACAACCGAUAUUCUUCGUGGUGCGAAUGCUGGUUCUUGGUAUCGGGGUGGCAGCUUGGUCCCAUUCACACCUGUCAAUACCGCCGGACGUACAUUAAUCACGAGUCCUAUUUAUGAAGAGGAGGACGAGGACGAGGAUGAGGAAACUAGUAAUGGAUUCGGCAGGGUUGGAAGAUUCAGAAAGUCUGAAGCAACCGUUCCAUUUAAUCAUGACCCCGACGGCGACUAUCCUGAUCCUACAACAUAUUACAACACCAAAGCAUACAGAGUGCGGGGAGCAUGCAAUUUAGCUGCGAGGAUCAAUCUGGUAUUGCGUAAACCUCAUGAUUCUCAAAUUGAACCUGAGUCCAUCAUAAUCCCACUCCGUCGCCUAAUUAUUACGGCAACUGAUACAUCACAUAACCUCAGCCUACUCUUAGGACCUCGCUUUCAAAGCAGCGCGGCCACCCAGUCACUGUACACUUCGACUCGUAUGAAAACCAUCUUGAUUCCACCAAUUGGCUCGGAUUUCUACAGCUUCUUUCAUCCUCUCGACAGAGGCUGCCCAUACCGCCAGCUUGGUUCACCGACACCAGCUGAGCGCAAGAUGUGCAGCGCAGUGUCCAAACUAUUGUGUUUUGUCAAGCAGAAAAUGGGAACUGUUGGUCGUGUUCUCAAAGAGGAUGAAGUUAGUAGGAUGAUGGAAAUGUGGGUGAAUGAGGGCAGAGGACCAUUGGAAAUGGAUGUGUGGAAAUACACGAUAGGGUGUUUGGAUCAGGGCCUACAGCCUGAUAACGAGUGGACAGGGAAUUAAUCUAUUGGAUUGUGCCGAUAGGUGUACUGGAUGUUGAUUAGUAGGAAGUUGUCUAAACUUGAGUGUGAUAAAAAGUUAUUAUUCACCCGAUUGGGGAUAUGCUAUCAUACAGUGUUCCUUGCAAUGCGCAAUGGUUCCUUCCC